UACGAUUUAAAGCCCCACCAAAAUAUAAACAAACAUGGGAGUCACAGUGCUACAGAUCUUCCCGGACGUGUCACGGUCUGGGUGUCACGAGACGGAGAAGCUACACAAGAGGAUCAUGCACCUGGACGCCGUGCAGAGUGGCAUGUUUACCGUGGAGUGCGACUCUUACUACACCACGGCCCAGACAGGUGGAGGAGUACGCAAGAUGCACAUUGUCCACAACAGCGAGACGCCCACCACCACCUACGCUAUCCUCGACACUGGCUCCAAGCAGGUAACACUCUCAGCUGACUACCUCUUCGACCUCAUGCUGCCGCGCCUCGACCACAUGUAUCAAUCUAAGAAGAACCUGAAGAUAGAGUCCAAGGGCGCCAAGUACGAGAUCGGUGACUUCCUGGUUAAGAUUGGUAGUGUCACCAUGAGCGGCCACUAUAAGGGCAUCCUGGUUGAGGUUGAGUACCUCCCCUGUGUCACCCCGGCGCUGUGUUGGUCACUCGUCAGGGAGUUUAUGCAGAGCUUCAUGGGUUCCUGUGUCAAGCCCACCUUACCAAGCUAUCUCCAGACUCGUCUACACGACAUCCACACCCCACAAGACACGGUUCAACAGUACGUGGAAAAGUUCAACGAGUUCCGUGACGGACCUUCCUUUACUGCCACACAGCCGGCCACCCCAGCCACCUAGCCCAUCACCCCUGUCUCUCCUAGGACGUGCCCUGCCUUCCCCGUCUCUUCCGGCCCCUACCCUCCCAUCCCUGUCCCUUCUCGGAUGUACCCCACCGCUCCUGUCUGCUCACGGCCGUAUCCUCCCAACCUAGUCUCGUCUAAUGCCUAUCCUGUCUUCCAUGGUCCCUAUCCUGCCCUCCCACCAUUGGCUAGUUCAUACCCUGUCAUGCCUGUUUCUCACUGUACCUAUCCUGCCAUUCCUGCUUCCCCCAGUACUUCCUCUACCUCACCCAACACCUAGUCAGGAGUUCUUUCCACUGCCAGUACCUAGCUCAUAACCUCUCACUCCCACAGUAAAUAUUAUGUCAGUACUGCCUCUUCCCCCAACACCUACCCUUUCACCCUGUCUCACUCACUAACCCUGUAACCCUGACCUCCUCCCUCCCCCCUGCCUAUCCCUAUACAUACCCUACCACCGAAAUAUAUAAGGCAUUCAUUAAAUAUUUUUUUGUGUUAUGUUAUUAAAUUCUCAUCAGCCCUUGACAUAAACACAACAUCCACUCCUGAACCAUAGUGAAAGUGACGGUAAUUCUCACCCAAACAUUAUUACUCGUCUCUGUGGCUCAUGUUAACCACUUAAUUUGUGAUUUUAAUUAUUGUUUAUUACUAAUUAAUCAUAGACAAUUAAGUUGGAUAAAUAAAAGGAGAAGAUAAAGUAUUUUUUUUUUUUUUUGAAUAACCAUAAACAAAGAAGUGGAAAUAGUCUUGAUGAAAUUGGGUAAGAGGAGAAAAUAGAAGAGUAAAUAGAAGAGAAAAUAGGAGUAAAUAGGAGAAAAUAGAAAAGAAAUAAAUAGAAGAAGAUAAAAUAUAAGAGAAGUAAAGAUUGUAAAUGACGCAGAAGAUUACUUUACUUACACUGUUAAUAAAAUCUACAUAACAGCAUUGUAAAUAAUAGGAGACAUAACUAUUGCUAUUGUACAAGUAAGGGGUGACGACUAGACCUAUAUUAUCAUAGUUAUAGGUGAUUAAUGUAGUUGUGUAUAUAUUAUUAGGUGUUUAAAGAUACUGAUGUGUUGUUAUUAAAGAGAAGGGGGGAGAUGUGGUACUAGUAUAUAUAGUGGUGGUUGAUGGUAGUGGUUGGUGGUUGAUGGUAGUGAUUGGUGGUUGAUGGUAGUAAUUGGUGAGAGAAAGAUAGAGAGAUAACUAUGGUAGGUCGUCGCCCCACACACUAUAAACAACAGGUACUUGUAAUAUGGUAAUAAAUGUUAUGAGAAUC